AUUCUCAACGAUGAAACAUCAAUUGAUCAUCCAUGGACUAGUGGCUGAUAAGCCAAUAACUCGCAGCUGACCAGCUUGUAACUAGCGGCUGACCAGCCUCUGUUUAGCGGUUGAGCAGACGGUCUGGCCUAGGGCUAGCCAGAAAAAACGUUACAUACUUGGCCAGGUCCAGGCCAGACUAUCUGGUCAGCGCCAGGGCUGGAAACCUGGCGAUCUGACCUGGGCCAGGCCAUCACCAGAACGUUUUUCCACACGGGUUUCGUUACCUGCGCAGUCUCCUCUGGACGAGGUUUGAUGCUGACCAGCUAAAUACACAUACAGCACCCUGUAAUGGUUUGAAAGUACCUCAAAAAAAAUUUGAAGAUGGAACUUACGAUUUUUUUUCUUUUGACUCGCUGAUCAGCGCCAGACCUGGACCAGGACAGACUGUCAAGGGUGCGCUAUAGCGUUACGUCAAAGAAGUGUACCAGUAAUACCAGUUGGUGUACCUAUUCCUAGUAGCGGAAACUACGUUUCUGUACAAUUACGAGGUGACCAUGUUCUUACUGGAGUUCUACGUGAGGCAUAUGGAGGAAAUGUUACACAAGAUCGCUUGUAUGUACGAUUUCCGCUUCGCCAACCUUUAAUUGCAGAUCUGGAAAUUCGUCAUGAUAAUAAUAAUUCAAACUUUCGACAUAACCGCUGUUUCAUACAACCGUGUCUGCUCGUAUCUAAAAACAAUGGAAAUCGUCAUUCUACUCUCUGCCUGCAUGUUUUUCUUGAAUUUUGCAAGAUUCGGUGCAGCUGUCGGAAGAAUUGUAGCAAGAGAACAAAAUCAUGUACCCUCAGUGCCAACAUCUGCAUCACAGUCCUUGCAUCACGAUGUUCCUAUAGGGAGCUACGUUACCGCAGAAGUGGGACAUAACAAAAUAGUUCGUGGACUUCUGCAUACCAUACCUGCAACAGACACUGCACCUUUUAACCUUUUUGUACGAUUUCCGAAUAACACUAGGCUAGUUGCAGAUCUCUAUCCUUUAAAUUAUGAUAAUAAUAAUCACGAUAAUAACCAACAUCCAGUAGAACGUCAUUGGCAUGAGUACCGCUGUUUUUUUCAAAUCCAAUAUAACUAUUUUUUAUCAUCAUUUCUCGAUGUGUCCUAUCGCGUAAACAAUGUACAAGGAAAAACGCUCACUUUGUUAAAGAUACAACAUUCUACCAAAUCUUAUUUGGGCAUUGUAGAUCACCUUGACGGAACGCUUCCUGACUGGGCUAAAUUUGGAUGGUCGGAGAAGAAAUCAGGCUAACCCGCAUUCAGGAAAUUUAUGACAUGAACAGAAAAACUGAAUCCUUUGUUAUUUUCGUGUAGGUUUUUAUUA